AUGUUAUCAUUUUUUCGAAAGUUAUCAAUUGGUUGGAAGAUUAGAGAUGGUAUGCUUCCAGAAACAAUCAUGGGAACGACAGACGUCGUAAACUUAAAGGAUCAAAAUGCUUUUGCACUGAAGACAGACUUAGAAUUGAAAGAAUCCGUUUAUGAUUUGUUGAGAACCAUUAAGGACCCGGAGAAACCACAAACUUUAGAACAGCUCGAUGUAAUAUAUGAAGAUUGUGUUAACAUUUGUCAAAGUACUCCUAGUGGUAUUUCUGUAAUACGGGUUGAAUUUAAUCCAACAGUGCCACAUUGUUCAUUAGCAACACUUAUAGGAUUAUGUAUAAGAGUAAAACUUGAACGGCAUCUAGUAGCAAUAUUUAAAUUGGAUAUUUUUAUCAAAGAGGGUACACAUUCUACAGAACAAGAAAUUAAUAAACAAAUAAAUGAUAAAGAACGAAUAGCAGCCGCUAUGGAAAAUCCAAAUUUAAGGGAUUUGGUAGAAAAAUGUAUUCAAGAAGAAGAUUAAUAAACGUAGAAAAUCAUUUUUUUUUAUCCUAACAUAUAUUAAUUUAAUAUUGAUUGUAUAUAUCAUAUUUAUAGAUUCGUGGAAGUUUAUGGAAUCAUAAUUAUAAAUAAUUAUACUAUAUAUAAUUAUACUUUGAUAAAUCCUUUCAUGUAUUUUAUAUAAAUUAUAUUUAUUAAAGUCAAAGUAUAAUAUAA